AACAUCUUUGUUGUCUCGUUUUUUCUCUCACUAGAUGGUUUCAUGUCACAUCGGAUGUAAUGGUUAUGCAACCUGUCGGUUUCGAUACAGACUUCAGUCAUUCCACUUGGCCAAAUAGUUAUGAAGCCAUCCCAUUGGAUGGUGGUCGUUGGCUUGAAAUUCACUUGGGUCAUUUAAAUACUUCCCCGACAAGUCGCCGUCACGAACACGAUCACUCAGAAUGGAAUGAAAAUUUUGAGUCUCUUCAUAAUAGUAAUAAUGAUCCAGAUAAAAAAUCCCAACCAAAUGAAUAUUAUUUUCGUGCUGGUUUUGGUGAAUAUUUUUGUGAAGUACAUAUACCAUCAAUACAACAAGUAGAUAAUGUGAUUAAUCAACCAGAUAAAAUGGGAUUAAAUAAUACAGGACCAUAUAUACCUGUUACUUUAUUCUCUGCUACUACUGCCACCUCUUCAUCGCCGUCAGAAUCAACAAGUGUUGUCAGUAAAUUAAAGACGUCAAAUUCUAGAAGUAAAAUUGUCUGGUCUGUUCAGGUGUAUGAGUUAGUACAAGUUGAAUUUCCAUCCAUAUUCAUGCAUUCUAUCGAGAUUCUUUCAGCAGUAUCGUCAUCAUCAUCCAAUCAUGAUGUAAAAAAUCAACAGCUUAAUUCAAAUAAUCGGCAUCAACUUCAGGAGCGGCAUAAUGAAUUAUGGCGUAAGGUGAAUUCUUCAAUUACACUUCUAUGUGCAAGCAAUAUUCGUCGAUUCAGCAAUGAUAAUAACGAUGUUCUCGAUCGAUCUGGCAUACUUUGGUUUAAUUCAAGUCGAUUAACUGAUGGUUAUGGUAUUCAAUGGAAGAAAAAUGGUGAAAUUUUAUCGGAAAAACUAUUUCGAAUGAAUCCCAGCCGUUUUCGUAUAAUUGGAAGUGCUAGCCUUUUGAUAACUAAUGCACAACUUGAAGAUACUGGCAUUUACUCAUGUCAAGCCGUAAAUUUCAUGAUGAAUUCCGUCUUGGAUGAAACAUCUAUUCAAUUGAUUAUUGGUAAUUCACCCGUGUUAAUGAAUGCUUCAUCGACUGAAUUGCAGGCAAAAUUACAUUUCGAACAAAUAUUAUGGUGUAAUUUUGAAACAUAUUAUCCAACAAUUAUACAGUGGCGUAAAAAUGGUGAAAUUAUUCAAGAUAGUGAAUAUUUUCGUAUCACAAAUAAUUUUACUCCAUUUUCCAAUCAAUCUAACCACUUCCAACAAUAUCAUCAUCAGCACCUCCAACAAAAACAGCAACAGAUCACGACACAAAUUAAAAUACAAAGAAUUUUACCGAAUGAUUCAGGUUAUUUUCAAUGUUUAGCAGAGAACAGAUUUGGUUCUGUUCAACAUGCAAUUAUGCUUCAUGUUGUGCAAUCUAAUUCAAAUGAUUACAUAAAUGAUGGAGUUGACUAUAACAAUAAUAAUAAUGUAUAUAUGUUUAUACCUACAAAUGUCGAAGUGUGGAACAUUAGUGAUACACAUGCUUACGUUAUGUGGGAUGAACCACAAUGGUAUCUGUCAAAACCAUUCAUGUAUUUUAUACAAAUUGAAUCAGAUGAUGCACCAGGGUAAUGAAUGAACUCUAUUACUGUUGACUAUAUGUAUAUAUAUUUUCUUUGAAAAUGUAUAAUAUUGUUAUUGCGACGAAUAGUGCUAUUAUAUAAAGUUUUAUUAUUAUCAUCAAUAUAUUUUUAUAUUCUCCCAUAUCUAAGCUUUUCAACUUUUAAAUUGUUAUCAUAUUUUUUUAAUAUUGCGGACUUAUCAUUAAAUUAAUCAUUCCCCUAUUACUCUGGUUUUGUAUCACUUAUGACUAAGUUAUGUACGCAUUGUAAUACC